AGUCGUUGGUCAGAGAACAGAGGGGAAGACCAAUUUAGAGUGGGACCCACUUUGAUUGAUUGUAGUAAAAACUCUCAACACAACACACUCUUCUCUCUCUUACCUUGCCUUGGCUUUGGCUGCUGAGUUGCCUACACAUCUUCCUUGUCCCUUCAUGUCCCCUUCCUAACCUCCCUCCCUCCCUCCCUCUUCCUUCUUCUCCCAACUAUUUUCCCCUUUCCUUUUUUCUUUUCCUUUUUUUUAAUUUCUCCCUUUCCUGGGGAAGGAGAGAGAAAAUGGGGAAUGGCUGCUGCUUCGGCGAAGUAGGCGGAAGGACGGCGGUUGGCACAAGCAUGUAUGGUGGCGGUGGUGGUCAAAAUAAACAUCAUAACGACGGUCCAAACGACGCCGUUGGUCACUUUCUCAAGUCUCACGGUUACCAUGGUCUUUUCUCGCAGAUCGAGCUGUCAUUAUCAGCUUCAAGCUUACGUGACCGCGACGUGCUUUCAAAGAGUGAUCCAAUGGCAGUGAUUUAUACACAAGGAAGAAAUGGUAGGCUUGAAGAACUUGGACGGACAGAAGUUGUUUCCAAUUCACUAGAUCCUACUUGGAUUGCAAAGCUCAAUGUAACAUAUCAUUUUGAAAUUGUGCAGACACUAGUGUUUCACGUUUUUGACGUUGAUACUCAGUUCCAUAACGUAGAUGUACAGACACUUAAAUUGGAUGAGCAGCAAUUUCUUGGCGAGGCUUCAUGUGCAUUGUCAGAGGUAGUUACCAGAUCUAACGGAUUAUUGACAUUAGACCUUGUGCAACAUGAUGAAAAUUUGAAAGCAACCCAUCCGAGAAGCUGCGGAAAGCUUACAGUUCAUGCCGAAGAAUCUAUUAACUCAAAGAUCACAACUGAAUUGUUAUUAAGAUGUUCAGACCUGGAAAAUAAGGAUCUCUUCUCUAAAAGUGAUCCCUUCUUAGUGAUAUCUAAAAUUGCAGAGAGUGGUAUACCUAUCCCAAUUUGCAAAACGGAAGUCGUAAAGGAUAAUCUGGACCCAGCCUGGAAGCCCGUGUUCUUAAAUAUUCAGCAGGUUGGCAGCAAGGACAGUCCAUUAACUAUUGAGUGCUUUAACUUUAACAGCAACGGGAAGCAUGAUUUGAUUGGGAAAAUUGAUAAAUCUCUAGUUGAUCUGGAAAAGAUCCAUUUGAGUCAGAAUGGUGCAAAUCUAUAUCAACCUGCUCCAACUGGACAUGAUUAUCACAACAAGGACUUGAAAAGCAAACUUUUCGUGGACAAGUUCUCGGAGAGUGUCCAACACACUUUCCUUGAUUACUUGGCUGGUGGAUGUGAGUUGAAUUUCAUGGUGGCCGUUGAUUUUACAGCUUCAAAUGGGAAUCCCCGUCUCCCUGAUUCCCUGCAUUACAUUGAUCCAUCAGGUCGCCCAAAUGCAUACCAGAAAGCAAUUUCAGAGAUUGGGGGAGUGUUGCAGUUUUAUGAUUCAGACAAACGCUUUCCUGCUUGGGGUUUUGGAGCACGUCCAAUUGAUGGUCCAGUCUCUCACUGCUUCAACUUGAAUGGUAGCGAAAACUACUGCGAGGUUGAUGGGAUUCAAGGAAUCAUGACAGCAUACACAAGUGCUCUAUACAAUGUUUCACUCGCAGGACCAACCCUUUUUGGUCGUGUUGUUACUGUUGCAGCUGAUAUUGCUAGUCAGGCUCUUUUAGAAGGACAGCAAAAGUACUAUGUCUUGCUAAUAAUCACGGAUGGAGUGAUAACAGAUCUUCAGGAGACAAAGGAUGCUAUUGUAAAGGCAUCUGACUUACCUUUGUCAAUACUCAUUGUUGGAGUUGGAGGAGCCGACUAUAAGGAAAUGGAGUUUUUAGACGGAGACAAAGGAGAAAGGCUCGAGAGUACAACCGGGCGUGUUGCAUCUCGUGAUAUCGUGCAAUUUGUCCCAUUUCGGGAUAUCCAGGGUGAAGAAGUCUCUGUAGCUCAGACACUUUUAGCAGAAUUACCAACACAAUUUUUAUCUUACAUGCGGACUAGGGGCAUUGAACCCAAAAGCAUGAUAUUGUAAUAACUGUACAUAUUUUAUUUUUUAUUUUUUUGGUAUUUGUUCGUGCUUUCGGUGGUUAAUCGAGUCAAAAUUAUGAGCACAAUGCCAAAUUUUUCAUUAUAAUGCUUUUGUUAAGUUUUCUUUCCAUUUUAUUCCUUCUUUAUGUGUAAUUUUUUGUCUCCUUUAAAAGGGAGCAGGAGAGAGAAUUGUGUCUUAGGCAGAAACAAUAUUCGAAUGUAAUACAAAGCAAUGUUUGUUCUUUACAAA